AUGCUACUUCCCCUACUCGAUCCCGGAGCCCACCGGCGGGAGGUCUUGAACGCCGUCAAGUUCAACUCCAAGACCGGCGACGAGGACGCCGAGUUUGUGUCGCUCGAUCUCGUAGACGAGGUCGUGCUCCACCUCGGUAACGCCCAAUCCCGGCUCGCCACCGCCGAGAGCCGCACGCCCUUCAACCGCGUGACCUGCAUCGAGCUGCUCGACGUGUUUGAGACCUUCCUCUCCGAUAUGCGCGCUGGCGAUGGACGCGCCGUUCCGAUGCUCCACGACGCGCAGAACGGCGCCACGCUCGAUCAGACCGAGCGGUUGUUCAAGGCCGCGGGCAUCGAAAAGCCCGACGACGACGGCGACGUCAUGUAUCUGCCGCACGUACUCGAGUGGACCCGAUGCCAACGCCACCGCGGAACAGAUCGCGCGCUAUCGCAAGCUUGA